AUGUUGAAGAACGAAUCGCUGAGGGUUGGCCGUCGCCCCCGUUAUCCACUUUUGAUAGUCCAAUUGAAUGUAGCGACACAGAAAACAUUACGCUCUCUCUGGCAUCUCGUGCCUAGGUUUAUACGUGUCCAGUGCUACCGCGUCCUCCUGAAACUAGGCAGCCAUUGCUACCCACGAUCUUUCACUGGCCUCGUGUACCGGCUGCCGUUCGGACUGUAUGCCAAAGAAUGCAACCGCUCUCCUCGAAACGAAGCUGAGACACUACAAUUAGUAGAACAGUACACUUCGAUUCCAGCACCGCUCUGGGUGGAUGAUUACCAGGGGACGCACCCCGUCUUCAUCAUGACAGCUAUGCCCGGACAGCCACUAGAAGCGGUCUUUCACCGACUCUCAUACUCGGAGCGCGAGCAGCUGUCGAAAGACUUGAAGAGUUUCUUGUUGCAGCUGCGGUGCAUUCCGAACCAGACCUCGUACUGCUUCGGCAACAGUCAUGGUGGCCCGCUGAACGAUCAUCGGUUUCCCUCCGGCACAUGCGAACGAUUCCCGGAAAUUCAAGACAUCAUUCGUGAUGCAUUCGGAGAGGGUAAUUAUGAGGAGGAACUAAAAGCUGAGAGGCUACUAUGUACGGACGUGUAA